AUGAGAGACAAAGUCAAGAAGAUGAUUCUUACCUUUGCAUUCUUUGUGUUGUACGGUAGCCUGGCUUUUGCUGCUCCCGCAAGUAAGGAAAGAGGAUCAGGGUCAGGGAAAAGCAUUCAAGAAGCAGGGGCAGAAGCAACGAGAAAGUCUCUAGAACAUGCUCGAACUGCAGGCUACACAAUUGGCCUUUCACAGAUUGCCGGAAAUGAAAAUGAUAAGUAUGCCCUUAGACAAGCAGCAGAAACGCAUGCAAGACAUAUGUCACAUCAACUUCAAGUUGCAAAGGAUGAAAAAACAGCUCGCAAAAAGGACAAUGACGGUAAACCUAAAUAA